AUGUCUAUGAAAUGGACUUCAGUUCUUCUGCUGAUACAGAUGAGUUGUUACUUCAGGUCUGGGGGUUGUGGAAAGGUGCUGGUGUGGCCCGCAGAAUACAGCCAUUGGUUGAAUAUGAAGGCAAUCCUGAAUGAACUCGUCCAGAGAGGUCAUGAGGUGACUGUAUUGACAUCUUCAGCUUCCAUCCUUGUUGACCCCAGUAUAUCAUCCUCUAUUAAAUUUGAAGUUUAUCCUACAUCUUUAACUAAAGAUGAUUUUGAGAAUGUUUUUGGGAAAUUGGUAGAUACAUGGAUGUAUGAUCUUCCAAAAUAUAGCUUUCUGACUUACUUUUCAAAAGUACAAGAAAUAUUGUGGAAAUAUUUUGAAUGUAUUAGAAAUCUCUGUAAAGAUAUUGUUUUGAACAAGAAACUUAUGGAUAAACUACAAACAUCAAAGUUUGAUGUCAUUCUUGCUGAUCCUGCUGGUCUUGGUGGAGAGCUGCUGGCUGAAGUGCUUAAAAUACCCUUUGUGUACAGUCUUCGCUUCUCUCCUGGCUACAUAUUUGAAAAGUAUAGUAAAGGAUUUCUGUUCCCUCCUUCCUAUGUACCUGUCGUGCUGUCAGAAUUAAGUGAUCAAAUGACAUUUACGGAGAGAAUACAAAAUAUGUUAUAUAUGCUUUAUUUUGACUUUUGCUUUCAAAUACUUGACACGAAGAAAUGGGAUCAGUUUUACAGUGAAAUAUUAGGAAGACCUACUACAUUCUCUGAAACAAUGGGGAAAGCUGAAAUGUGGCUAAUUCGAACCUAUUGGGAUUUUGAAUUUCCUCGCCCAUUCUUACCAAAUGUUGAUUUUGUUGGAGGACUUCACUGUAAGCCUGCCAAAGACCUACCAAAGGAAAUGGAAGACUUUGUCCAGAGUUCUGGAGAAAAUGGUGUUGUUGUGUUUUCUCUGGGGUCAAUGGUCAGUGACCUCACAGAAGAAAGGGUCAAUGUGAUUGCUUCAGCCCUUGCCCAGAUCCCACAAAAGGUUCUAUGGAAAUUUAAUGGCAAGAAACCACAUACUUUAGGACCCAAUACUCGACUGUACAAGUGGAUACCCCAGAAUGACCUUCUCGGUCACCCCAAAACCAAAGCUUUUAUCACUCAUGGUGGAACAAAUGGCAUCUACGAGGCUAUCUACCAUGGGAUCCCUAUGGUGGGCAUCCCUUUGUUUGUGGAUCAACCUGAUAACAUUGCUCGCAUAGUGACUAAAGGAGUAGCCCUUAGAGUGGACUUUAACACCAUGUCAAGUACAGAUUUGCUCAAUGCAUUGAAGACAGUCAUCAAUGAUCCUAUAUAUAAAGAGAAUGCUGUGAAAUUAUCGAGAAUUCAUCAUGAUCAACUAGUAAAGCCCCUAGAUAGAGCAGUCUUCUGGAUUGAGUUUGUCAUGCGCCACAAAGGAGCUAAACACCUCCGGGCUGCAGUCCACGACCUCACUUGGUUCCAGUACCACUCUUUGGAUGUGAUUGGGUUCCUGCUGGCCUGUGUGGCUACUGUGAUAUUCACCAUCACAAAAUGUUGCCUAUUUUGUUUCCAGAAGUUUGCUAAAACAAGAAAGAAGGGGAAAAGGGAGUAGUUGUAUCAAAAUUCUGAAGCUGGGAUACCUGAUAUAUGAGACUCCUUCAGUUUAUUCUAGCAAGAGGUUAUAUGAUGCAGGAUUUAUUUUCUUCUGUGA